AUGGUUUCAACAGUAGUUCGUUGUUUCGUAUUCGUUCUAUUCAGUAUAUUACUAGUUCGAGUAAAAUCUCAAUUCUGCCAUGGAAUGUCUCAAUAUGAUCGAUGUUCGCCGAAUAGUGCGUGUACCUGUUUCUAUAUAGCAGGUGCUAUUGGCAUUGGCGUUUGUGGCUAUGAAUUCGCAGAUUGUUCUGAACUAGUUCCAUGCGAAGGUUCAAACAAUCUUUGUCUUGAACCUAAUCAUAGAUGUGUUCAUCAUCCUCGAUGUCAUGAUCUUCCUGUUUGUUAUCCGGUACCCAGUUUCAAUCGACAACUCUGUCCACCAAUAGCAACAACGAAUACUACAACUGCAACUACAAUUCCAACUAAAACGACAACUACAACAACUACUCAGCAACUAGUGAUUCCCAAUAUUUCAGUCAAUGCUACAUGGGCACAGAACGGGAUAACCGUUGCCGGAGGUCGUGACCAAGGUAGUGCCACCAAUCAACUCAGCUGGCCUUUCGAUCUUUUGGUUGAUGAUGAUGAUCAAACGAUGGUCAUCACUGAUGCACACAACCAUCGUAUCAUCCAAUGGAAGAUCGGUGAGACGAAUGGGCAAGUAGUAGCUGGUGGCCAUGGCCAAGGAAACCGAUUGGAACAAUUGCAUUCUCCAACCGAUGUAUUGAUCGACAAAGAGACUGAUAGUCUCAUUAUUUGUGAUUGGCAGAAUCGACGAGUCGUACGUUGGUCUCGUCGUAGUGGUACAACUCAAGGAGAGAUUCUCGUCGACAACAUCAGGUGUUGGGGAUUAGCCAUGGAUGUUCAGAAAUAUCUCUACAUCUCUGACACCGAAAAAGAUGAAGUAAGACGAUAUCAAAUAGGAGACAAGGAAGGAACUCUCGUGGUCGGUGGCCAUGGCCAAGGUGCUGAUCUCAAUCAACUCAACUGGCCGAAAUACAUAUUUGUCGAUCAACAACAAGCUGUUUACGUGUCAGACAGCAAAAAUCAUCGUGUGAUGAAAUGGAAUAAAGAUGCAACAGAAGGAACUGUCGUCGCUGGAGGCCAUGGCGAAGGAAAGGCUCUGACACAAUUGUCGGAACCUUACGGACUGUUCGUUGAUAUGUUUGGCACCAUCUAUGUUGCAGACUCGGACAAUAAUCGAGUAAUGCGUUGGCCUAAAGGAGCGACACAGGGCGCUGUCAUUGUAGGUGGAAAUGGUCAAGGAGCAGGAGCUAAUCAGUUCAAAGUUUCCAUGGGUUUGUCCUUCGAUAGACAUGGCAAUCUUUAUGUCGUCGAUGAAUAUAACCAUCGUAUUCAACAAUUUUCUAUCGAAUAA